CAGUCCAUUUAAUCAUCCCGAGCGAACAUGGAGUCGAUCGUAGCCACAGCAGCUAUUCUUUUAGUUAGCGUCAUUUUGGGCGAAGCCUGCACGAAUUGUGUUCCCAUCAACCAGUGCUCGGUGCCGAAAAAUAUACCAAUGUGCAAAACCCAAGAAAUUCAUUGUGACAUUAUCAUAGAUAAUAUUUUUUGCACAGAAGGACCAGAGCAACCGGAUUCUAAGCCUGAAUCAUCUGCUUCAGAAGAGGAGAGCGAUCCCAUGAACGAUUGUGUUCACAGAGACCUGUGCUUAGUCGCGAAACAGAUAAAUGUGUGCAAAGACAAUGAAGUCUGUUGUGCACAGAUCGUAGAGCCUAAAUCAUCUGCUUCAGAAGAGAAGAGCGUGCCCAUUACGUAUUGGCCACCCCAACAUAGGGAAUGGAAUACCCCGUGGGUCUAAAUUGUUCUUUCCCUCGGAGGAGAGAAUCUUCAUGUCAC